AUGAGCACUCGUCCUGGGGUACCACUUCCUAUCGAUUUGGGUACACAGAGCGCUUAUAAUGUUCGAUCUAAAGAAUAUCAUACUACAAUUACCGAAGAUAUGGGCGUCUGGGAUAUAUACAACCAAAUAACAAUGGAGGCCGAUCGCUUACUGGUUGCACUGUACCUAGCGGUUGUUACACCCAUCGCUAUCGAAGCCACAAAGCAGACUCGAGAUGACCCAGCUGAGAAGAUACGAGACAUCCUUUUGGUCAUAAGUCGCCAGCUUGCAAAUUCUUCGACCCCGCCAUUCGAAGACAACGAUGAUACAGAGCCUUUAUCAAGCGGAGUUAUAGGCG